AAAAACCUUCUGUUGAAGUUCAACAAUUCGAACGAAUAAUCAACUCCAUCGGAUCGCACGUGUGUAUAACGGUGGCGCACCAGAGACCUUCAGCUUCAGGUUCCGCUUCGGGAAACUUCGCGGCGGACCCAGGAGAGCCUUUCACCCCAAGGGAUGUGCAAGUGCAAGGGGGUACUGUAGGUUCGGUUCCGACCCAUGUGGUGUCACCCUCUUCCUCUGCCCAAACCAACACGGAGUGGGUCCCGGCAAGUGGUUUUCCCAUGGUGCCACGUUUUAUGCAUGCGCCUUCUCCGGGUUUGUCUUCUUCUCCCGGGCCUCCUCUUCUGGGCUCGGGCUCGGUUGGGCAGAAAAGAGCGCGUGAAGGUGACACUGCUGCUGCCGCGAGUGGGGGUGAGGGUGGUUCGUCACGGAGUGCGUCACAGGAAGAAAGCGGCGAGAGGAGGAGGAGAUACAGAGGGGUGAGGCAGAGGCCGUGGGGGAAGUGGGCGGCGGAGAUUCGCGAUCCUCACAAAGCGGCGAGAGUGUGGCUUGGCACCUUCGACACCGCCGAGGCUGCUGCCAGAGCCUACGAUGAGGCCGCAUUGAGGUUCAGAGGUAACAGAGCCAAACUCAACUUCCCCGAAAACGUUACCGCGGUUCGACCUCCUCACCUUCCCGAUUUUCCGGCCACCUCACUCUCGGGCUCCGGUGAUGUUCCAGCGGUGACUGGUUAUUCUCCGACGGUGAUGCAGGGGGCACCGCUUCAGAGUUCCCCUGAUUUGCUUAGAGACUAUUGGGGUUAUUCUCAGCUUCUGCGGAGCACGGGGGAGUUCCAUGGACUCGAUCAGUGGUUCUAUGAUUCGCAAAUGGCAGCGCUUCAAUCCUCUUCAUCGUCAUUGUUGCCGCUACCGCCUGCGUAUGCACCAUCCUCUGCUUCCUUUCCUCUGUUUUCAAGCCAGCAAAUGGGAGUUUUCCGGCCGCCGGGGCAACAGCAUCACGGCGGAGGGGACAGUGGUAGCGGGUCAGAGUUUCCACCUUCGUCAUGGUCAGAUACGAGUAGUUAUCCUCCUCCACCUCCACCACCCGGUUGACGUGGAGUACACAGCACAGCCUUUGUUUUUAUACUAUUUUUUCUCUUUCUUUUGUGAAAGAAAGAACAGGUUUUUCUUCUGUUUUUAUUUUAUUUUACUUUAUUUUAAUUAAUAUAUAUAUUUUUUAACUUU